AUGACCGCCUGGCCGAAGGAGAACCUUAACGAACUCAACAGGGCUCAAAGUGCAUGGAAAGAUGCUGAGGACCUCAGGGCUCGAGAUGGUCAUAUCCAGGUAUCCCCCGAGAGCUGUGAAAAGCAUUUGCCCCUUCCCUGGGGAGUGCUGGGUCAUUACAGCCUCCCACGUAAGGCACCAGAAUUUAAUGCAUCAAGACAUACUGCUACCAAAGCAGGGACAGAAUGGAAAAAGCCAGCAAGGAUAAUUGAAGCUAUCUGCAUAGGCUGGUUCACUGCAGAGUGCAUUGUGAGGUUCAUCGUCUCCAAAAACAAGUGUGAGUUUGUCAGAAGACCUCUCAACAUCAUUGAUUUACUGGCAAUUACUCCUUACUACAUCUCUGUUCUAAUGACAGUUUUCACAGGGGAAAAUUCGCAGCUUCAGAGGGCUGGAGUCACCUUGAGGGUCUUAAGAAUGAUGAGGAUUUUUUGGGUGAUUAAACUGGCUCGUCAUUUCAUUGGCCUUCAAACCCUUGGUCUGACUCUGAAGCGUUGUUACAGAGAGAUGGUGAUGCUACUUGUCUUUAUCUGUGUUGCUAUGGCAAUUUUCAGUGCACUUUCCCAGCUUCUUGAAAAUGGGCUGGACUUGGGAACAAAGAAUAAGGUUGCUGCUUGUUGGUGGGUGAUCAUCUCGAUGACCACGGUUGGUUAUGGUGACAUGUGUCCCAUCACUGUACCAGGAAGAAUUCUUGGAGGAAUUUGUGUGGUUAGUGGCAUUGUUUUAUUAGCCUUGCCGAUCACUUUCAUUUAUCACAGCUUUGUGCAAUGUUACCAUGAGCUCAAGUUCCGAUCCGCUAGGUACAGUAGAAGCCUCUCUGCUGAGUUCUUAAAUUGA